GGAGGAGAGGGAGAGAGAGAGAGAGAGGCAACUGGAGAAUAGGGAGAGAGAGAGAGAGAGAGAGAGAGAGAGAGAGAGGAAGAAGCAACUGGAGGAGAGAAGCCUCUCAGCAGUAACAGUUGCCAAAAAGCUGCUCCAUCAUUCAGCCAGCGGGCUUCACUUCUCACAUCCCCUGCGUGUUCGCGUCUGAAUAUCGGAUCCGUUAUUUUUCCCUUUCGCUCCGUGUGUGUCGGUGGUGUGUCGGACACGCGGCUGGAAUGGGAACGUAACUUAACGGCAGCAGCAGCAGCAGCUGUUGGAGCCCCGGCGGUUUUCAGCGGCUCCUGGCAGCAGCAGCAGCAGCAGCAGCAGCAGCAGCAGCAGCAGCAGCAGAGGAUUAUCCGGAGCCUGCACGGGUCUUCAGCACCGUGGACAGCGACCGAGCCCCGGCGUGAGGCUGAGGAGGAGCUGGCACGUGGCAAGAAGAGUUACAGAGAAUGGAUCUUCAGCCCGGUGUAAGAGCCUCCCCCCGGGGAAGCCGUCGUCGGACGCCAGGCCUCAUGGGCCGUUGACCUGCUGUCUCUGUGAUUUAUGGCGGCUGGAGGCCUCUGGCCACUGCAGACUCCUCUCCUCCCUCUCCUCCGUUUCCCCUCGCACACGCUGCACGACCGCAAGGAGCCACACACACUGCACCACCUUCCACAGGAGUAUCCAAAGAGGAAUUCCUCGCACAUGCAGAGCAGCGGCACAGGCGUACGCACGGAUAUAGUCUCAUGCCGCGCUGUUACUUCCUCCACAGUCUCAUACAAAAAUAAACACCUCCAUAAACAUUUCCCCACCGCAGCACAGUGUCCCGCAAUCCCAUCACAUGUCCAUUAGCCGGAGCUCACUCAGAGUAUUCUCCAUUUGACUACGUGUGGAUUACUAUCAGUCAUGGUAUGUCAGCUGUAGAGCCCUCGGUGUAGCUGCUGCUCAGGGGCAGGGCUGGAUCAAUGGAAGUGCGCUGAGUAACGAGGUGAUGUUCCCGUUUUCCCAUGGUCUGAGAGCAAUCAGCAGCCAGCAACUCUCUGCUGACUCCACACACGGCUCUGCUUUUAAGCUGAAAUAACCUCCACCCCCUGAAUGGACUAUUAGUUGCAGUGACUUAUAUUAUUUUAAUACAAACACACAGUAGGUUGAUGUUUGCACCUGUGCACGCCAGAGCUGUCAGACCACCUUAAAUUCCCUUUUUUCUUCGACUAUAAAGGGUUUGGAAGGGGCACAGUGCUGCGUUUACCCUCCGGACUUUUUCUUUUUUCCUUUGAAAGCUGUAGACAGAGUGAGAGCCAGCCGGUGACCUCGCCAUGGUGUUACCGCCCCCAGACAAACGCCACGUGUGCCUGACCACCAUCGUCAUCAUGACCAGCAUGGCCUUCAUGGACGCCUACCUGGUGGAGCAGAACCAGGGUCCCAGAAAGAUCGGUGUGUGCAUUAUAGUGCUGGUAGGGGACGUAUGCUUCCUCAUCGUGCUGCGAUAUGUGGCGGUGUGGGUCGGUGCCGAGGUGCGCACCGCCCGGCGAGGAUACGCCAUGAUCCUGUGGUUUCUCUACAUCUUUGUUCUGGAGAUCAAACUCUACUUUGUCUUCCAGAAUUGCAAAGCUGACAGGAAGAGUCUAGAGACCGUGGCACGGAAGGCUCUGACGCUGUUGUUAUCUGUGUGUGUGCCAGGUUUAUACCUCGUUCUCGUGGCUCUGGAUAGUAUGGAAUAUGUGAGGACUUUUAGAAAGAAGGAGGACAUGAGGAGCCGCCUGUUCUGGGUGGCUCUGGACCUGCUCGACCUGCUGGAUAUCCAAGCGAACCUGUGGGAGCCUCAGCGGACGGGCUUACCCAUCUGGGCCGAGGGCCUGAUGUUCUUCUACUGCUACAUCCUGCUGCUCAUCCUGCCCUGCGUGUCGCUCAGUGAAAUCAGCAUGCAGGGGGAGCACAUGUCGCCCCAGAAGAUGAUGCUGUACCCGGUCCUGAGCCUGGUCACCAUAAACGUGGUCACCAUCCUCAUACGGGGCGUGAACAUGGUGUUGUUUCAGGACAGCCGCGUGUCCACCAUCUUUGUCGGCAAGAACGUGGUGGCCAUCGCAACCAAGGCGUCGACCUUCCUGGAGUACCGCAGACAGGUGAAGGAGUUCCCCCACCCGCAGAACGCCAUGGCGCUAGAGAUGCAGCAGAACUCCGUCAGCCACACGCAGCCGCUGCCCAACACCACCAGUUUGCCACAUGAACCUUCGCCAGCGCAGGACGUCAUUGACACAUGACCGCCAGCGCCGGACACGGCACCAAUAGAGACCGACUGCUUUUGUUUAUGAAAAGCUCCCGGAGCAGAGGUAGAUAAAGAAAUCAGCUGCAUGACAGGAUGAUAUUCUGCUCUUGUCAAGCCCACUUGAACUGCUGUGAAAACCAUAAUAGAGAUUUUCAGCAUUACCUGCCUGUCAGAACAUACUGUAAACCUACACUUGACUCUGAGGGCAGACUUUGAAAAAAAAAAAAAUCUAAGGUUUUUAUCGUGUUACUGUGUUUUUAAUUGUUUCACAUGUUUUAAAAAGUUCAGACUUUAUCAAAAGACAAUCUCCACAGUGCGCAGCCCGGUGACAUUACAUUGUGUAAAAUGGACGGUUGGUUCCCCCUCUGUGAGUAUCUUGUUUUUGUUUUUUUUUCUUUAAAGGUCACUUUUUUUCUUCCCCCUCCGAUGGUGCAUCUGUGGCAUUUCCUUUGAAUUCCAGCACCAAAGGACGUAGCACUCAGCGUGAAGCACUGAUGGAGAGGAGGAGCAGAGAGAGUCAGUGAAGAGGGGCUAUCUGAGCUGUGCUAGAGCGAGGCUGGUGGCAGACGAAUGCUUUUCCCCUCUCGCGUUUGGUUCUGCUGAGAAUGAAGCCGCUGCCUCGGUCGGUGUGAUGCUUUAUGGCCAAAGGUCUGAUUAAAGCACUGGAGCUCGGCGCCGUACACGUCCACCGCAGCCAUUCAGGCGUGCGUUUUACCAUUUGUUUGACUGUACGUGAGCCUGAGAGAGUUUGUGCGUUUGCCACUGGAGGUUUGUGCUAUUUCCAAACCCUCUGGAAGAUUUCACGAGCAGUUGAUGUGAGCGAUGACUUGCAAAUGAGACAAAAUAUGUUUGUGAUGUCAGAAGAUGAAAAAAAACAACCAAGAUGAUGGGGGAGAGAUAAUUUUUGAUUCCUGUACUAUACAUUCCUCUAAAACUAGCUCAAGCCUUGAAGUCAGAGAAUGCAGAGAUCCAGUGAAUCGACAAAAAGAGAAAAAGAGAAACAGAAAAUACUUUAUUCUGAUGUUAUUCAGUUUAUUAUUAUUAUUAUCAUUAUUAUAAUUAUUAUUAUUAUGUACAUUCUUUACUUGU